AGAGAGGAGUAAUGAAGGUGUUGGUGACGGGGGCGUCGGGAUAUUUGGGGGGGCGACUCUGCGCCGCGCUCCUCCGCGACGGCCACUGCGUCCGCGCCUUCGUGCGCCGCACCAGCGACCUCGGCGCCCUCCCUAUCUCUUCUUCUUCUUCUACUGCUACUGCUACGUCGUCGUCGUCGUCGUCGUCGUCGCUCGAGCUCGCCUAUGGCGACGUCACCGACCUCCCCUCCCUCCUCCGCGCCUGCGACGGCUGCGACGCCCUCUUCCACGCCGCCGCCCUCGUCGAGCCAUGGCUCCCCGACCCCUCCCGCUUCUUCUCCGUUAAUGUAGGAGGACUAGAAAAUGUGCUGCGAGCUGUCAAAGAAACAAAGACUAUACAGAAGCUAAUAUACACUUCAUCAUUCUUUGCUCUCGGCCCUACAGAUGGAUCUGUUGCUGAUGAGAAACAGAUGCAUCAAGGAAAGGUAUUCUGCACAGAAUAUGAGAAGUCCAAGGUCCUUGCAGAUAGGAUUGCUCUACAGGCUGCAGCAGAUGGAGUACCGAUUGUUCUUGUGUAUCCAGGAGUCAUUUAUGGCCCAGGGAAACUCACAACCGGCAAUAUUGUUGCACACAUUAUAAUCGAACGCUUUAAUUGGCGGUUACCUGGUUACGUAGGCGAUGGGAACAACAUGUCCUUUUGUCAUGUGGACGAUGUGGUUAAUGGACAUAUUGCGGCUUUGCACAAGGGAAGAGUCGGCGAGAGAUACCUUCUAACCGGAGAAAAUGCAUCUUUUAUUCAAGUUUUCGACAUGGCCGCUACCAUUACUAAGACAAAUAGACCACUCUUCCACAUUCCUUUGUCGUUGAUAAAUAUCUACGGGUGGAUAUCAGUAUUCUUCUCUCGAAUCACCGGAAAGCUUCCUCUGAUUAGCUAUCCAACAGUUAGGGUUUUGGGACAUCAAUGGGCUUAUUCCUGCGCGAAAGCAAAAGAAGAGUUGGGUUAUAGCCCUAGAGGCUUGAAUGAAGGGCUAGUGGAGAUUCUCUCAUGGCUUAAAAGCUCAGGACUGAUAACAUACUAAAACUGGCUUAUUCUAGUUACUUUUUGGCUAGCUCCAAAGAGCACGCACUAUUAGCCAUUCACCGAGGGAGAAGCCCAGGGAGAAACUUGUAUCAUAUUCAAACUGGUUAAGCUUUGCCGCAGUCAGACUUUACUUACGCACCAUGUAAAUUGCAUUUCAUGGUUUUAAGUUACAUAACAAUGUCUUAUGGUUAUGGAGUUGCAUGACAUUAAGCUAGUGGAGGUCUAUGAUAUUGCAGAUGUGAUAUUUCGGAAUUUAAUCAAAUCCCAGCUGCGCUGUUGUUGUUAAUUUUAUUAUUGAAAUUUCCUUUGUUCAGACAA